AAAACGGGUGGCGAUAGUCUUCUCAGCAGCUGGCGGUCUAGAAGACUAUGGAGUGUUGCUCUUGCUGGACUAAACUUUCCCGUGGAUGAGUACAAGAGGUGGAGAAGGAAGGAGGUUUGGGGCAGGGAGAUGCUGCUAGCAGCAAUGGAAACAGAAACCACCAUCCCUUAAGAGUUGGAGGUUUAUUUUAAAGAGGGGACAUUUGUCACACAAAAAGAAAGACUACCUGCUAAAGCCAUGGGAGCUGAAGAAGAAGAAGUGGUUAUCACUCUUUCUGGAGGGGCCCCUUGGGGUUUUCGGCUUCAGGGGGGCUCGGAACAAAAAAGACCUCUUCAAGUAUCAAAGAUCCGCAAAAGAAGUAAAGCCUGUCGUGGAGGACUGUGGGAAAAUGAUGAAUUAGUCUCCAUCAAUGGAAGACCCUGUGCUGGUCUUUCCCAUGCCACUGCCAUGCAGCUCAUUGACUCUUCCAAUGGUCUCCUCAGCAUUGUUGUGAAAAGGGUGACUACUGGUGGCCAGUCUGAUGUGAGACUCCUCUGCUCCCCUUCUCCCAGGCAGCUGCAAGUGGUCUCUCCAACUUCCCCACUCAGCCAGGCAUCUCAGGUGCGUAGUGCUGAACCAACAAGUCCUGGUGCAGCUCCAGAAGCUGAGCAGCAGCCCCAGAGACAACAACACUUGGAAAUCCUAACAUCCCCUCCAGAUAGUGAAGCCUACUAUGCAGAGACUGACAGUGACGCUGACAACAUUGCCCAGGAAAAGCAUCGGAGAGCUCGGAAAAAGGGCCCCCGGUCCCCUCCAGAGGGAGUGAACAAUAAGGUGGGUGAGACACAGGAUGAAGUGUCUCUCUCAGAGCUGAGUGGGUAUGACAGCACCCCUGAGGUGGUAACACAAGCUGGAGGAGGAGGAGGAGAAGGUCUCAGUGGGGUGGCCAAGAGAGAGAUUGUCUGCCGGCCCGGAAGUCGUACUGACACCCCUUUCUCAGAGAGUGAAGCUUUUCUCCAGCCCCCUUCACCUGAAGACAGAGAGCCUUCUCCAGAGGCCAUGCUUCUGCCGCAUGCAACUAAGACCAUUCGAGCAGAAAGACACCUUAUCCCUAUGAUAGGGCCUGUGGAGCACCCUGUAGAUGAAGACCUGACCACCAGCUAUGCAGAGAAAGCCAAGCAAGCCAAGCUUCAUCGCAGUGAGAGUAUGCAAGAAAAAAAUGUGAAAGAAGCCAAAACCAAAUGCCGAACAAUUGCAUCCCUGCUGACAGAUGCACCUAACCCCCAUUCCAAGGGUGUCUUGAUGUUCAAAAAGCGCAGACAGAGGGCUAAGAAGUACACCCUUGUCAGUUUUGGAAGUGUUGAUGAAGACCGUUGCUAUGAUGAAGAGGACGGUGUCUUCCCAACCAGUGAGUCUGAAUUUGAUGAGGAAGGCUUCUCUGAUGCCAGGAGCUUAACAAACCAUUCUGACUGGGACACGUCUUACCUCGAUAUUGAGAAGCCCAAGGGGCAUCCUGCACAUGAGGAGGCCCAGCCUCAGCAAGGCCUCAGUGAAGCCUCAGGAAGGGGAGCCCAGUUGUUUGAGCAGCAGAGACAGAAAGCUGGUAAACAUACUUUGGAGAAAGUGCCCACACAGAAGUCAGAAGAACAACACCCAGCCUCAGCUGUCCUGCCAACACAGAGAGUGAGGAGUGAGGAAGCACCUACUCCACAAAGGGCAGAAAAAGCCCCAUUAAGUGUCCAUUUAGAAUCUGUACAAGUCUCCAGCCAGCUGCCAUCCCCUAGCCCUGCUCAGCUUCAAUCUCCCUCUAGCAUCUUUGGAGGAGGUGCCCAUGUUUCUCCAAGUACCCCAAGCUUCUUCAACCGGUCUGCCCGCCCUUUCACACCUGGGUUCUCUGGGCAGCGCCCUGUAACUUCCUCAGUUGUGUUCAGACCAUCAGUGCCAAAGAGUAGCAGUGAGAGUCUUGGUGGUCAGAGAACAUCCAUGCCUCUUUUCUCUCCUGGGACCACAGUGCUUCCUCCCACACCAUCAGCAAUGCAGUCUAAUGGGCCAGCAAGCACAUCUGUGUCUCUGUAUAUCCCAACCACUCCCUCAUCAGUGCAACCAACAGGAGUUGGGAAUACAGGAGAAACUAAGCCCAGCGCAGCCAGAACAUCCACAGCUUCUAUAUACCUUUCAGCUCCCUCUAAGCCAGCUGCAGGUGUGGUCACUGCUACAUCCCCACCAUCCUUGCCUUCACAAGCCCAAGAGACAACGGCUUCUACUUUGUAUCUUAGCCCCAGCCCACAGCAGUUUGGUCAACCCACCACUCAGCCUUUCCCUGCCAUUGCGCCAGCAGUUCCAAGGCCUGCCUCUGAGCCAUUUGCCUCCAGGGAGCAGAGGGUAGCAUUUCCAGCUCCCAGAACAGGAAUCUUGCAGGAGGCCCGUCGACGGAGCAGCAAGAAGCCUAUGUUCAAGUCUGUGGAGGAAAAGAAAAAGAAUUCUCCUAAUCCAGAGUUACUGUCCCUUGUGCAGAACCUUGAUGAAAAGCCCAAGGGAGACCACCAUGGGGCAGGAUUUGAGUCCGGGCCUGAGGAAGAUGUCCUCAGUCUGGGAGCGGAGGCCUGCAACUUCAUGCAGGCUUCAGGCCGGAGGUUCAAGACUCCACCUCCAGUAGCCCCUAAGCCAUCACAAGCUCCUGGAGGACUGGUGAAUGGGUCCUCCUCAACACAUGACAUGCCUCAUUUGAAGGGGAAAGGGGCAGAGCUUUUUGCAAGGCGACAGAGCCGCAUGGACAAGUUUGUAGUGGAGGCAGCACCAUCCUCAGUGCCAAAGCCCAGAACCCCAUCCCCAGCUCCUUCCCUGCCUUCCUCUUGGAAAUACUCCCCAAAUAUCCGUGCCCCACCUCCCAUAGCUUACAACCCACUGCAUUCCCCAUUUUACCCCUUGGCAGCCAGCAAAUCUCAAGGCAGCAAGGCAGAGAGCAAAGUUAAAAAGCCACCUAGUCAGAAGUCAGGAAUCAAGGCUAUUGACUUCCUCAGGCACCAGCCAUACCAGCUAAAUUCUGCCAUGUUCUGUUUUGGGGACACUUCAGGCUCUGGUGGCGGUUCUCAGUCCCAGAUGGGCCAACAGUCCAGUUUAUCUUUCACCCCAGCCAAACAAACACCCAUGAAAACAGCGAGGACCUAUGAGAUCCGUCGCUUCUCCACCCCUGCCCCAAUGCCAACUUCUAGCAGCCUGGCCCCUACAGUCCUGGCUCCCCGCUCUGCUACCACCUUGGAUGAGCCACUGUGGAGGACAGAAAUGACCUCUGCUUCCACCCCUGUCUCCCCUGGGCCAUUUCCUGUGGCUGCUCCCCAAUAUCAAAGUUCUCCUGAACUUAAUGAGGCAUGCAGAGUGGCUUCCCCUAUUCAUCCUGCCUCAUCCUCCAGUUUCCAGGUAGCUAGGCCUAGGUUUUCAGCGGCCCAAACUGGCAUGCAUGCACAUGUUUGGAGACCAGGGUCAAGUCAGCAUUAAAACAGGAAUUGUUCUUCCCUGUCUAAACCACAGGGCCUCUCCUAACAUUACACUCUUUAGGUGUACACAUAAGAUUCCCCACCCUCUAGUUAACAUCUAAAAAGUGUGAGUGCAGCAAUCAAGUUUAAAAACCCUGGUUUCUUACCCCUCAUACUGCUGAGUGUCUGCUUAGCGGCAAGUCCAAGUCCACUUCUCAUAAGAAAUCACCUAUAGGCACAAAGCAAGGAUUUAGAUAAAAUAGUUACUUUUGGGUCUCCCAUCCUUUCCCCUUUUAAAAUGGAUUUUUGGAAACCAGGACAGUGAAGCCAAUUAAGUGGAAAAAAGCUUUUCAUCCUGAAUUUCUUCCCCUUCCCCAUCUUUUUGGACUUGCAUCAUUUCCAAGGGAUUUAACAGUUUGAAGUUAUUCGCAUAGCGGGGUAAGGCCAAAGAUUCAUAAGCAUCCUGAGAACAGCACUAUGAUGUAGGACAUGUAAGUGCCUUUUAUCUCUGAAGUACUCACAUCCCCAGUUACGCUCUUUAAACCUAGAGUACCACGGGUGUAGUGAUAAGGGACUGGCAAGCCAGUGUAAGGGGGGAAAAGCAAAGAGAACAACGAAACCCUUGGUUAAUCCUCAGCAUCUGUUUAUUGUAACCUGCUGGUUCAUAGACUGCACCAGUGACUUUUAAACAAUGAUGUGUUUUUGGAAGUCC